CAAAAACUUGUUCGUAUUGAUCUUGAAUGAGAUUAGAAUGGAUGGAUUGGUUUAUCAUAUCGUAUCUUAUUGGAACAUUGUCAACGUUGUUCGUCCUGUUGUCAACAUGUCUGUUCCAACAAAAAAUAUUUUUAAAAGUUUACUGUUUUCAUAUAUUAUCAUUACAGCAUUCAAUUUGAAUAAUUGUUUGUGCGAUCAAAAAGUGAUGAAACCGGAUAUUCUUCGCCAAAUUCUACUUAAAGUUUCAAAUUCUUCUACAGUUAAUAAUGAAAAACAAAUCAAUAAGAAUGAAAAUCUCACCGGAUCUGAAUCCAUAUUGAAUAUUUUCGAUACAAAUUGGCGUCCACAAUUUUUACUGUCUGAUCAUAAUAAUAAAUUGGACAUUCAAAUCAAUAAUAUUCCGAAUCAACAAUCAAAUACUCAACAAUUUCUUCCGGAAUCAUCAUCAUUAACGAUGAUGGAACCCAAUUCCUUAGUGUUGUCAGGUCAGCCUGAAUUACUUUUGAAUUUUCAACCACAAAUGUUUCCACAAUCAACAUUUUCACCUACGUAUUCAUUAGAUGAAUUCACAUCGUUUGGAUUACCAUCAUUAGAUAUGUCAAAUGACUGGAAAUUUGAUAAACCAAAAAAUGAUUGCACAGAUUCAAAACAAAUUUCUGAUUCAGAUCAUCAACGGCAAACUUUUCCUUGUUCAGCUCCUUCAGAUGAUAAUAAACCGAUAAGGUCGAAUGAACCCGAUAAAGUAGAUAAAUGUUUGGAGAAAGAAAGCGACGAUUAUCCAAACGAUGUUAGCGAUGAUGAAGACAACAAUGAUGACACUAAUGAUAAUCAUCAUGAUGACAAAGAAGAAGAAAAUACUGAUGAUGACAACCCUUUACCUUAUGAUCCGUUCGAAUAUCUAAAUCGUCACCGCAAAUCGAUUCAAUCAAACAAAGAAAUCAAUGAUGGAAGUCAAAAUUAUAUUGAAGAAUUGCCAGAUACGGCACCGAAUCCUGAAAAAAUAGAAGAGAAUGACAAUCACGAUACAAACAAUGGAAAAGAUAUUUCAAGUGAUAACACCCAGCCUGAAAGUAGUGAAACCAAUGACAGCAAUGCUAAUGAAACAUCGGAAUCACCGAGCAAUGUCCAAGAAAAGGAAGAACAGGAACCUGAGUCAGAACCAGAACCGGACAAAGAACCAGAUGCAGAUCCUGAAGAUUUACGCGAUGAUUUUGAUAACCAAUUUGAUACACAAACAGCAACCAAGAAUGAACCCCGAGGAGAAUCGGACAGUGAUGAACCACCAUCAAAUGAAGAAGAUGAUGAUCGUGAUGAUGAUGACGAUGAUGAUCGUGAUAAUGAUGAAUCUUUUCCAAUACCGUCAAUCGAGAAAGUUCCUAAAGAAAUGAAACCACUCCGAAGAACGCGACGUAAUAUUGCAAUGUCAUCAUUUUCGGAACAAAAACCAAAAAAUCUAAAAUUCUCGAAAAAUAUUGAUUUUAUGCCUGUUUAUCCUAAUUUUUAUCCACCUUCCUUAUCACAACCAUCUCUACAAUCAAUGUUAAUGGAAAGUGACCAUUCGCCGAUGAAAGAAUUUGAUGAUGAAACUCGUUAUCAUUCGAAACCAUAUCCUCAUUUUCAUACCUAUUAUCGAAAGCGUAGGAAACAAAAACAUGAGAAUAAUUAUCCAUCUAAUAUGCAACAAAUAGAUCCAUAUACAAAUGACGAUGAAUAUUGGCGACAAACAUUUUAUCGGCCAAAAAAACAUCUACGAACAACAAAGCCAAGAAACUCACAUCAUUAUCAUAACCAUCACACGUUACCAUUCGUUUACACUAAUUUAGAUGAUCAUCUUGCUGAUUUAAAACCAAAUAAAUUACCAUUAUGGAGUUGGUCAGAUUUUUCAAAUACAAUGAAUGAACCAUUCUAUCCACAGAUAUUCACACCUAAUCAUCUCUUUUUACCUUCCAAUGAUUUUGGCUCAUCAACUUUUAUGGGCAAUCCGUAUCUUCAUAAACCACGAUAUCUACCAGCAUCUGUAUCAUUCGGUGAUCCAUUUAAUGAUUUUAAUCCCCAUAUACCUGACUAUCAUAAUCAUAAUUAUGAAGAAGAUAAUAUUCACCAUAAUAAUUAUGAUCAUGGUCAUGAUGAUGAUCAGAAUUCUACUCCUGAAGAUUAUAUUGAUGAUGGAAAACAAGGUAAUGGUGAUCUAACGGGAAAUGACGAUGUGGCUGCCGCUACUAUUCCACCUUCUAUUCCGGAUUAUGAAGAUCACGAAAAUCAACCAUUAGGUGAUUAUCAAUAUGAUCCAAAUGAUGAUGAUACAACCUCGGGUAAUCAAAAUACUUUAACAUCUCCAGCAAAUACUGAAUAUGAAAAUGAUGGACAUCAAACAAUCGUUAAUGAUGUAAAUGAUGAUGCACAAUUAGUCCAUCAAAGGAUUAAUGAUGGUCAACAUAAACGAAGAGUUAAAAACAUUCGAAAUAAUAAAAAAAAAUCUGGCCUUAGAUAUUAAUUAUAAUUAAUUGACAGGUGUAUAAAUGAAAAUUUAUUGUUAUUAUUAGAAAUACUGAUAAUAUGAAUUAUUAAUGUAAAGAUUUUGGUUUUUUGAGUGCAAGCAAAACAAAAAAGAAUAUUUGAUUAAAACAACACAAACACAUACACAC